AUGAACUUCUCCAUUCCCUCCGACCUCAAAGCCUACCUCGCCGCCCUUGAUACCUUCAUCGAAACCACCAUCCUCCCGCUCCAAUACAAAGACGACAACAACCGCUUCUUCGACCACCGGCGGGAGCACUCACGCACAGACUGGGACGCCGGCGGCCUGCCGCGCAAAGAAUGGGAAGACCUGCUCGCCGAAUCGCGGCGGCUCGCCGACGAAGCUGGCUUCUACAGGCUUUCUUUACCCAAGAAGUACGGCGGGCAGAACAGCGAGGACGGACGGGGGAGUAAUCUGUGGAUGGCGGUCAUCAGGGAGCAUUUGGCGGCGAAAGGACUGGGGUUGUUCAAUGAUCUGCAGAAUGAGCAUAGCAUGGUGGGCAACUUCCCAGACGUGAUCAUGUUGAUGAACUUCGGGUCCGAGAAGCAGAAGGAGGAGUUGAUUCCUGCGCGGCUGAGAGGCGAGUUCAGGAUGACGUUUGGGUUGACGGAGCCCGGGCACGGGAGUGACGCGACGCAUAUGGCGACCAAGGGCGUGCCGGAGAGGAGGAAUGGCGUUGAUGGGUGGCUGCUGAAUGGGCAUAAGAAGUGGCAGACGGGAAUGCAUCAUGCGACGCAUUGCUCGAUUUUUGCGAGGACGAGUGGAAAGGAUGGCGAGGUGAGGGGAAUAAGUUGCUUUAUCGUGCCGAGGGAUACGCCGGGUUUGAAGGCGGAGUCGUAUGAAUGGACGCUCAACAUGCCAACCGACCAUGCCACUGUUUCGAUCAAAGAUGUUUGGGUUCCUGAAAGCGCAGCACUAGGACCGAUUCACAACGGUCUCGGCGUAGCACAAGCCUUCGUACACGAAAAUCGCAUCCGUCAAGCCGCGUCCUCCCUCGGUGCAGCCGUAUAUUGUGUCCAGCAAUCUGUCGAAUACGCUAACGAACGUGCUCCCUUCGGCACACCGCUCUCGCACAACCAGGGCAUCCAGUUCCCACUCGUCGAGCUGGCGACACAAUGCGAGAUGUUGCGACAACUCAUCCGCAAGACCGCGCUCGAAAUGGAUUCGAUGCCGCACAACGAGAUCGAGAAGAAGAUCGGCGAUAAGGUGUCCAUGUGCAACUACUGGUCAAACAGACUAUGUACACAGGCGGCCGAUCGGGCGAUCCAGGUCCACGGCGGCAAUGGGUAUUCGAGACACUACCCUUUCGAGCACAUUUGGCGGCACCACCGACGGUACAGGAUUACCGAGGGGAGUGAGGAGAUCCAGAUGCGCAAGAUCGCGGCGUAUCUGUUUGGUUUUGGUGGGCGGAAGAGUUUGGUAGAUGCGACGAAGCAGGAGUCGAAGCUGUAA